AUGAAAAAAACAACCUCAUGCAGUAAAGUUCGUGCGAAUAGAAUUAAAUAUUUAAAAUUGUUUCCAUUAUUUAUUCAUGAUAUUGAUCGAACUCAUGAAGAUGAAAGUCAUUGGCCCUGUUUUGAAGCGAAAAUUGUUGAUGAUCUCAUUAUGAUUCCUGCUGUUGAACACGGUGAUAAACUUUUUAGAUAUGGAAGUUUUGGUAAAAGUGAAUUUGUUCGAACUACAACUCAUGUUUCACCAUCAACACCAUUAGAAACAAUACCAAACGAUAGAAAAAAUUAUGAAAAACCUUACCGAUUACGAUCCAUUGAAGUCAAUAAUGGAAAUUAUCAACAAAUGGAAAUCGAUGUAGAAACUUCUAAUUUUGAAAAAGAGUUUCUUAAUGAAUUAAAUCGAAAAAUGUUUCCAUCAUCUUUCGAACAAGUUCGAGAACAAAAUCAUCAUGAAUGUCAAACAAUUCUUCAACAAGCAAAAAUCUUUCCAACCAUUGAUUCCAAGCCAAUGCAAGAUAGUAACAUUGAAAUUCCAACAUCAAAACUACUUAUCUACGAACAUGUUUAUCUCCUAUCCGAAGAAGCUAUUUUUCUUCAACAUGCUCUUGGCUGUUUAAACGUAAAAAAUGAAGAUAAUCAAAUUUUAUCUCCAGAUGAAUUAUGGGCUAGAUUUUGUUUAAAAGAUAAGAAUUUUCCGAUCAAAUAUGCGGUCUAUUAUCAUUACCGAAGUAUCGGAUGGAUUGUUAAAUGUGGUUUAAAAUUUGGUUGUGAUUAUAUGCUUUAUAAAUUUGGUCCUAGUUAUAAUCAUGCUAGUUAUUGUUUAUCCAUAGAAAAUUUUUGGAAAACAAACAGUUGUACGUGGUCAUUUAUUUCAGGUUUUAAUCGAGCAUGUUUAAAUGCAGGUAAAACAUUACUUUUGUCCAAUGUUGAAUUACCACAAAUAGUGACGAAUUCUAUUGAACAAUUUCUUGAACAAACUAAAGUGAAAACAAUCGAAAUUAAUCGAUGGAUACCAACACAGAAUCAAUUUUUAGAAGCAUCGAAAUAA